AGUACCGACGCAUGUACCAGAAAUGCUUAUCGUAACAAAACUCCUUUCCACAACAAAAAACGUGUUAAAACAUAGGGAGUGCAAUUGAUAAACAGACUCACCCGGGUGCGCUGCAAUACGGACCAGCGAUGUCAGGCCCGCUCAGCAGUAAUGGUAUAAGCUCACCUGUUUCGCUACGUGACCUUUCUUGGGCCACUUUACGUAAUGGGUCUGUGACCGUUCUAGCAAAAGCUAUAGCCAUAGCUAAGCGUCCGGGUGCUGUUUGUUGCAAACUGUCCCAAUCUUUAUCUUGCCUUUGUGUCCAGAAAUGGGUGUUCGGGGGUUUAAGUGAAGCAAUGUUAUAAAACAUUCCAGCAACUGUUGGUCAGCUUCCAGUGCUCUGUGUGAUGUGUCAAAAGAUGAAGUUGUUCGGUUGGGUGGCGCUGUGCCUCGUUGCGCUGAUCUGUAUCGAGUUCGAGGUGGGAUCCGCCCUACCCCGAAAAUCUUGUCACCACGGCGGUGGAUUUCCACGUGAAAGCUGCUGCAACGAAUGUCCCGUGUGUCGCCAUAACUUCGAUGUAGAAGCACCCAAGGAUCCUGGCUGCCGGAAGCUUAACAAGUAUCACUAUGAGGUGGAAAAGUUUACCGAUUGCCAUAAAGAAACGUACGAGCAGCUGGAUGCGGCAGUUGAGGUGUUACCGGAGCGCGGUUGUCGAAAAUCGCACCAUUACCAUUACGACGUAGAGCAACCUUGCUGCUGUGAAGAAGACAGUUACGAUACGCACGAUUUUGAGGUGCUGGAACCGAAAACGAAACCAAAGUGCUCGAAGGUGAAGCUGCACGCUUACGCAGAUCAUCCUGUUCGGGAGUGCCAGUGUGACUGCCACAAUAGACGGUAUGUGGUAAAUAAGGCAAACGGUAACCAAUUCAAUAGCACAACACAAGCACCGGCCACAGACGGCAGUAGUCGUCGCAAUGAAGUACCGCGUUUGCGCCGCAGUAUAUUAGACCCAUUGAAAAAUGAUAAGCUAACCGUCGGGUUAAGUGAGUCGGAUCCGCGGCACAUCCUGUUCCAUACUUAUAGGCCAGUGAGGCCAAACUUUCGUGCAAGAAAUCCAUUUUUAAGGCGUCUACCCAAUGUUCCGCGAUCAAAGCGUAAAGAGUAUAACGAUUUAACUAAUAUGGCUGAUCGGCAGAGUGGUUUCGUUUGCCACUGCAUGCCAGCGAAUCAGGCAGAUGCGGUAAAAUCGGAAGCGGGUGAUAUAGUUGGUGCUCCCAGAAAGUCACUGCUAAGCAACGUCGAACCAGCCGUAUACAUCGGGGACGCCUCGAACCCAAUUACGUACGAGCAGAUAAAGAAGCAUUUGGAUGCCCUGCCGCGAGAAGAGUACAGCCCGACGACCAACGAUGUGAUCGGCAACUUGACCGUACUAUUUUACGACAUCUAUCAGCAAAAGCAUAAGAAAAAUUUUACGCUUCCCUUGAAGUACGGGACGCGUACCGUGAUCGAGCAGGGCGAUGGUCUGCAGAAGUACGAAAUCGGACCGAUUGAGGGUCAAUACAAGCCACCCAAGUUGAAUCGGGUAGCUUCCAAAGGGUUGAGAUUGAUCGGAAGGAAAAUUGAUCGCAAAACGGCGGACCGGGUUGACGAUCGCCGAAGAAAUCGGUUACGUGAAAGAACGUAGAAAUUUGCUUGAGAUUUUAGAUUAAAACGUGCUUUAGGUUUAUUAGAAAUAACAUUAUUAUGGUAAGGUGAGAGUAAUUUUAUUUAUUUCCUUUCUUUCAUACAUUUACUACCAGCUGACGUUUCCUGACCGUUUGACGACCUUUCCCCGACUAUCAGCACGAGCAGUUUAUACUGUACAGGACCUAUGGGACGACUUGUUACAGAGCGGAAGACUACAACGGACAUGACAUGUUAAGACCAAACGAAUGGGUUAAUAAAUAAAUUUGAAAACCUUACUUUUCAUUUUUCUUCACACUUUUUCUCUAUUGGCUCUGUUGUACAACACAAGACAAAUGAAUAGGUAAAUAAAGGUAAAACUCAACACAUAA